UUGAAGAUUGCGGAGAGUGCCACUAACGUUCACCCAUCCACAUGAUCCAGGGACCACGGUCCUCCCGCGCGGAGGAGCUUGCGAGUGGGAUCGUGGGUGUUCUCCGCGAUCCUCCGAGAACUCCAGCGAGUUGUAAAUGAGGGUGGGCUUAGAUGCCAAGUCUGUGAAGAUAACUUUUUACCCUCAUUGGUUUGUCUUUUACCGUGACAUGACAUUAGCUUUACUGAACCACGAGGGACGGGGAGGGGGAGGGGUGGGGGGCGAGGGGGCUAGACAAGAAGUUAUCCAUGGUAAUGGCCCUGUCAAUUCCAAGCCCCUGGCCCUGCAUUCCAAAUGUUUGCCCCUGUGGGUUUGAGAGUGAAGCUCGGGUCCGUUGAAUGAAGCGCGGGACUCCAAAGAGGUCCCCAUCAACUCAGUUUUUAUACGCUUUUUUUUGUUGAGGGAAAUUAAAAAUUUUAAAAAAUAAACAAAGAAGAAUGUACGUAUUUUAAAAAGUGAAAGAUCAAAUUGCCUUUGACAAUGCCCCACCCCCGGGCUGGGCAGGAAAUGGUGUCAAAUGCCUGCGAAUGGAAGAGCUUAGAAUCAACGAACGGUAGUUCUUUGCACGGAAUCUAAGUUUAUUUAUACAUGGGCGAAUAUCUUGGUGUUAUAUAACUUAUAACUUCAGCAAUGAACGUAAGCAUCGAAACAAAAGCACAGUAAACAUUAGAUUACCAAUAACUUUUCAGUACGCGCGAUGCAAAGUUCCAAGUAUUAGAGUGACGUGGCGUGACUAAAUAUGCUCGCCUGGCUCCCUUACGAACCAUCGCAGUUAAAAAACUCUGGCUAGCUAGAAACGAUCAAGGUUUUUAAGACAUCCAGACUCAGGUUGGAAGGACUGCCCACAAACCACGCAAAAUGUUGUCAUGAAAGUGUUUGAUCUAACCCCAACUUCUCUCUCAACACUUUGCGUGACGUUUCGGCCAGCUCGUUGUCUAGACAGUUUUUGGGACAAGUCUGAUCCCUGCAUGCCGUAAAAACAAUAUGAGAAUUGUUGAUCGACGUAGAAUUCUUUGCGCUUCUUGAUAAAUCUUGACUUCCUGGUCAAUACGGGAUGUCUGAAAAAGGGAAAAGUUGGAAGGGAAGAACAACUUUCUCGGUUUUGUGACACAAUGUCAAUAAUAUAAACUUUAAGUGGGCGGCUGAGCUAAGUUUAUAAGUUCGAUUGUUUUUUCCUCAAUUACUUGGUGAAAAGAGUGGCAUCCCGCUGGUCAUGGAAGAAUUUUUAAAGAGCUCAUAAAAAACCGCGCUGUAUGCGAAAAUGAAACGUUUAAGGCUUUUUCAUCUAACACCGGAACUCGAAUGUACACUGCCACGCUGGUAACUCGUGACAGGGCAAUAACAAAGGCGGGCAUUCUUGCGUUAACUUCAACUUCCGCUUCCGGGAUUUUCUUUCGGAGUAGAGAAGACAUAUUUAGACUAUGACGGUACUUCCCCCUUUUGGCUUUGAUAAAAAAAUUGACGUUUGCAUAGGGGUUAUUAUUGCCCCGAGUUAUUCAAACUGCCACUCUACCUCAGACAGCAGAGCUUGAAGGCGGAAAAAUUUAAAUCGUAUAUUGUCAGGCUGCGAGACCGAAAACUUAGAGACCUGAGAGACAGACGAGAUGACAGCACAAGAAAAUGCCCCAACUCAAACUUUGAGUUACAAAAGUCUAGAAAUCCUUCUUAUUGUGUCAGUGACUGUAAAUUUCUGCGUGUCAUGGAGUGUUAUUUUGCCAAAAAUGUGCCGAACUGUUCUGCGAGGUUUUGGACGUAAGCGAGAACAAGAAAUCGAGGAACGAGCCGAUGAUAUGCCGUCCUUCUGUCGGCGAUUCGCUACCAACCUUGUAUUUUGUGUGGCAUUACCAGCAUGCGGAAUUGUCCUAUUAACGAACUCGGACGUCAUUCAGAAACCUUUCUCCGCAUUCAACGGCUCGUUUCGCUUGGUGUUUUCCAUCGCCUUGGGUCAUUACAUCUUCAAAACAGCGGAAGUUGUCACUUUCCAUCGAGAGAUCUUCCACUUCAAGCCCCUCCUUGUCCAUCAUCUUGUUGCUAUGGCAACUUGCAUCACGAUUCUGCAUUACGAACAGAACGCCAUCAUGGGCGUGAUCAUGCUGCUUGUCGAGGGAAGUCUGGUAUUUGCGGAGAAUGAGAGAGAGUAUUUCCGCCAAGUGGCCAGUCCUCGAGAGGAAUCGAAAAUGAGGAAAUUUGGAUCAGUCGUGGUUUUUCUGCUUGCUAUUGCCAUAAAAGGAGUCUUCCCAGUCUCUCUCAUUGUCAUUGCAUUCCUGACGUCACUUGACGAACUUUUGAAAAUGUCUUACGUUCCUCUGGCCUUCUUCUUUCUAAGCCUGGUCUUCUUCGCCGCCGUCGACUUGUGGUUCUUCAGAGACGCGUGUGCCGAGCUUUCCCGCCAAUUUUCCAGGCCCUCUCCUCGUUUAAUCAUCAUACCCCUUCACAACAACUCCAUGCCAGCACCACCGACCACUGCUAUUAACAACGACGGGCUCAAGAAACUCUUGCUCUCCAGGGAUGGCGUACAUGGCUCUGUGCAAAUUACAGAAAAUGCCCUUUGGGAUAAAGAUUUGAACUUAAGUAAAGAUAUGCCAGCGAUAUUACCGCUGGAAUCUUCAACACCGGACGAGAUUAAAGGACAGCUAGUUAUAGAAAUGUAAUUUAUCGAAAGUAAACCUAGCUAGAGUUGGCACAAGUUUCAAGUAUUAUUGUUUCUAUUCGUGAACAGGUUAGACUAUAUGGCAAUGCCGUGUGCACUCGCUGUAAUCUUCUAUUAAAUGGAAGAAAAUUCGAAUGCUCUGGUGACCAAAUAGACCUCAAAGAGGAUUUCACGUACUGCAAAGAGACACUGAACAGUCUAGAUAAUUUAUGGUAUUAGUUAAAACUAAACCCGUUUAUAAUUGAUAGAAAUCAUACGACCGGUAAUUUCUUAGGUUGAUAAAGCACUCUUGAAGCCAUAACGAAAAUUACAUCGUGUUUACCAGUUUACUAAGGACUAACCAAAGAUAUCUUUCUAUUUAAGACCGUUGUCAUGCUUCAAAUUAAUUAAAAGCAUAUUAAUAAUUUAUUGACUUUAAAUGUUAUUAUCUAAAAUUAAGGUAUAACUAUUAUAUAACCGAGAGUUAUAAAUUUUUAUAAGAAAAAAAUAACAUUAUUCAGACAGAGUUGUAUGCUUUAGUUAUGAAUGAAAGUAUGGCAUGAAAUGCUAUUUUUCAUUUGAUCUGUUGUAGCUAGAUUACUAGCAAACCAAAUCUAUCGCCCACUAAGUAAUACCAUUUUGUGUAAUAUAAGUUGUUGAAUGUCACAAUGUUUUACCAACUGUCCAACUGUACAAGUUAGACAGUUGUGGAUUGUGGAGGUAAUUGUGGAAAUACAAUGUGUUAUUUAUUUUAAAAGUAUGUCUGACUAGAGACAGCCGCGUUUAAUGGGUAGAUACUAAACAAAAAACACUACAAAUUUUAAAAUAAAAAAACAAAAUUGAAA